GCGCUCCGCUGUCUCCUCCUACGACAUGCACGAAAGUUGGCCACUUAAACUACUUCCAGCCAGCCGGCAGACAUUAUACCGAACCCAAACUACACCAGGGGGAAAAGAAUAACACCGCGUUUCCCACAACGCGCCACCAUUUAGCUGCUUGCGCCUCCAUUUUUUUAUUUUUAUUUUGUGCAAACUUGCCUCUGUGGAGGUUUUCGUUUCAGCUGUUGCAGCGUUUUGACGUUGUAUUUUUGGCCGAUUUAUCAAGCAAGAGGAGAGCAUCCCCUCCUUUUUUUUUCUUCUUUUUUUUUAUUUUUAUUUUCCCCCCCGGUGGAAGAAGGGUCUGUCCAGAUUUACUCCGCCUGGGAUUUGGGAUUUGACAGCGGCUGUUCGCUGAUCUUUCCAAACACAUUCCGUUUUCUUUUUCUUUUUUGUUUUUUAACUUGGAAUUUCAGAGUGAAACACGUUCUUUAGCGCAGUGAUUUUAUUUUUAUUUUUUUUUUUUUGCCUCGGUAGCUGCAGGAUGGCUACUUUACCUGGAACAGUGCCUCGGAUGGUGCGCCCUGCGCCAGGCCAGAACUACCCUCGAACCGGCUUCCCCCUGGAAGUGUCCACCCCUCUGGGCCAGGGCAGAGUGAACCAGCUUGGUGGGGUCUUCAUCAACGGGAGGCCGCUGCCGAACCACAUCCGACACAAGAUAGUGGAGAUGGCCCACCACGGCAUCCGGCCCUGCGUGAUCUCGCGACAACUGCGAGUUUCUCACGGCUGCGUCUCCAAGAUCCUGUGCCGGUACCAGGAGACCGGCUCGAUCCGUCCAGGGGCCAUAGGGGGCAGCAAGCCCAGGCAGGUGGCAACUCCCGACGUGGAGAAGAGGAUCGAAGAGUACAAGAGGGAAAACCCGGGUAUGUUCAGCUGGGAGAUCCGGGAUAAGCUGCUGAAGGACGGGGUGUGCGACAGAAGCACAGUUCCUUCAGGUGAGGCUUCAUCUGUGAGUUCCAUCAGCCGCGUUUUGAGGGCCCGAUUUGGCAAAAAAGAUGACGAGGAUGACUGUGAUAAGAAGGAUGAAGAUGGAGAAAAGAAAACAAAGCAUAGCAUCGAUGGCAUCCUCGGUGAUAAAUGUAACCGCACAGACGAAGGAUCGGAUGUUGAUUCGGAGCCAGAUUUGCCCCUGAAGAGGAAGCAGAGGCGCAGCCGCACCACCUUCACAGCGGAGCAGCUGGAGGAGCUGGAGAAAGCUUUUGAGAGAACGCAUUACCCUGACAUCUACACCCGAGAAGAGCUGGCUCAGAGGACAAAACUCACAGAAGCCAGAGUACAGGUGUGGUUUAGCAACAGACGGGCUCGGUGGCGCAAGCAGGCCGGCGCCAAUCAGCUAGCAGCCUUCAACCACCUGCUUCCCGGCGGUUUCCCGCCCACGGGGAUGCCAACUUUACCCACCUACCAGCUGCCGGAGACCAGCUACCCCAGCACCACGCUAUCACAGGAGGGCAGCAGCACAUUGCACAGACCACAGCCUCUGCCGCCGUCUUCCAUGCACCAGGGUGGUCUGAGCGCCGACAGCAGCUCCGCGUACGGCCUGUCGUCCAAUCGACACAGCUUCUCCAGCUACUCCGAUACGUUCAUGAGCCCAUCCGCAUCCAGCAACCACAUGAACCCUGUUGGCAACGGGCUCUCCCCACAGGUGAUGAGCAUCCUGAGUAACCCCAGCGCUGUACCCUCGCAGCCGCAGCACGACUUCUCCAUCUCCCCCCUUCACAGCAGUCUGGAGAGCUCCAACCCCAUCUCAGCCAGCUGCAGCCAGCGCUCCGACACCAUCAAGAGCGUGGACAGCCUGGCUUCCUCCCAGUCCUACUGCCCGCCGACCUACAGCGCCACCAGCUACAGCGUGGACCCCGUCACCGCGGGAUACCAGUACAGCCAGUAUGGCCAGACCGCCGUGGACUACCUGGCUAAGAACGUGAGCUUGUCCACCCAGAGGAGGAUGAAACUCGGGGACCACUCGGCAGUGCUCGGGCUGCUGCAAGUGGAGACGGGACAGGCCUACUAAAGAGGCCCCAGACGCAUCCUCCACUUCCUGUCUCUCUGUUUCGCCCGCCUCUGCCUCUGCCUCAGCUCGCUUCACGCUCUUCAUCAAGCCUGGACUCCAGGUCGCCUCUCUCCUGCCCCGCCAUGACAUUGGAGAAAGUGACGCUUUUGGGGAAUUCAAUCGCUUCUUCAGGCAGUCUCCAACCCUUAAAGCCUUUUCAGCUCCGAGGGCCCAAACAGGACCCCUAGGAUGGCGGAUCCGCGUCGGCUUGGACUCCUUUUUUGUCAUGGCUGCAGUCCAAUACACAUUUAGAGCCAUCAACAACAUGUACUUUGACCUUGCUGUUCAUAGUAGUUAACACAGCCAACAUCAUUUGAGUAACUCUUAUUCCUUGUUCCUUUUUUGAUAUUGUUAAGCUUAUUGUUGCUGUUAUAUGAUUAUGGUUAAUGUGAUUUUUGUUGUUCGAAUCCAUUUGUAUCUCUUUUAUCUGUUUGAUGUCGGAGCGCUAAAAGACACACAAAAAAAAAAACACACAGAGGUUGACUGAGACGACACGGAAGCGAGUGUUUGUUGUGUGUGCGUGUACGUUCGCGUGUCGGCACAUUCACACUAGAGGAGAUGAUUGUUUUCCAAGCUGCUGCUCCCCAAGCUCCAAUGCUCAUGAGCGAUUUGACCUUCCCACUUUCAUAUUCCUCUUGACAUUCCUAAAGAACUUGGCCACUCGGUGGGAAGUCUGGCUGGAUGGAUUCAGCAGGGAAUUUAAGCAGCAUAUUGGCGGCCAAUAGCUUCCCCCCUUUCCUCCUCAUAACCUCCAUCCCAUCCUUAGCCGCGGCCCACAGGGAAAGGGGGACAUUGUUUGCAAAAACAGGAUUGGGGAAAUUAAUGUGUUUUGAAAUAUGGACCUUGCCAAGGAGGGCUAACUCACUUAAACCACCAGCUUCCUUCCUUCCCCCACUCCCCAGAAAGACCAUCUUCCGGGGAAUCCUGUGUUUGGCUUUAGCACUGUAAAGCUGAUUAAAAUCACACAAAUAUAAUGUCAAAGCUAAUUCACAGUGACCCUUUUCCAUUAAUAGCCCAGCCUUUCGGUUCCUUUUCCCAUUUUGUAAAAAUGCACCUUCAGUUCAUUUCCACUUCCUGAAUUUUUACAAGCAUUCCUUCGAAGCAUUCCUCAUGAUCCGUCUAUAAAAAAAUAUAGAAGAGCAUUCCAGCGUUUUCUGGUUCUGUUGUGAGAUUAGAGAGAAGACAAGCUGUGCCAUUCACAUGCGCUCUGGAAAAUCACAUAAUCCAGUCAGCUGUGAAAGGGCACAGGUAACGCCGCUGAUUGGCCCCCCACUUCGGUUUGGACCGGAGCCUCGGUCUGUAAUCCUCCAGUUUUGACGAACUUACCACAAUGUAAAAAAAGAAAGGAGUAAAGAAAUUAAAUAGUUAAUAUGAGACAUUGGUGUAGCACUCAUAGUUGACUUUUGAGAUGACGGAGGAUCAGGUGUUCCUUGUAGGUGUUAAUACUUUUACUGACAUCACUGUCUGCAGAGGAUUCGGUCCUCUGUUGCCUUUAAAAAUAGUGAAAAAAAACCCAUACAUUUCCAGGAGCAGAUUGUGUAUUGUUUGGUUAUAAAGAGUAUGUUUUAUACUGAAAUAAUGAGUGGGAGGUCAGGGAGGAAACUCUGAUAGUAAAUGUUUUAUUUGAGUUUCUUUAACCGGUCUUUUUUCUGUUUCUGUUGGGGUUUUUUUGUAUUUAAUUGGUUAAGUUGUUUGAGCCAAAAAGAAAAAGCUUUUGUUACUGUUUUUGACCCACAUGAGAAUAAAUUUGUAUAAAUUAGUAAAGUAUAAAUUGCAUUGAAAAAGUGUAAAGGUAAAUCGUGUUAAGAAGUAUCAAAAUGAGCUCAGAUAAAAAAAAAAAAAAAAGGCAAAGCUUGGUUUCUCAGAUGGACUCCCGCCUGGACCACAAUGUAAAUUUAAAGAGUGGCUUCACCUGCCGGAGAGUUUCUACCAGAAGGUUUCACAAACUGAUGAUGAAUGGACCACGGACCUAACCCCACCCGCACUCAGAGCCAUUUUGGUUGUGGCUCUUGUUGACGGAUGUGAGUGACAGUAAAGCCCCUCCCGAGGGCGAGGGGUGAAACUGAAGAGUCAGGUUUUCAUUUGUGGACCAAUAAGACUUCAGGAGAACAACGCGACGCUGACUCCGCACUGAACGGCAGCAGCUGCUGCUGCUCCACUUAGACACCUCACUCUUGUACAUUUUAAACCUGAAGAAUUUUAGAAUUGUCUUUAGUGUAUUGAGCCCAUUUCUAACACUUGGAUAUUUAAGGCAUACAGCUCCUUAUUCUUCCUCCUCUUCUUCCACUUCCUCCUGUCUCUUUGAGCCCUAACCUGUUUUAGUUGCUUUCUGACAUCUGUGCUUUGCUUUACUCCUCUUUCCGUUCCGCAUGUGUGUAUAUUAUCAUGGUAUAAUUUAUUCUGCUGUAUGAAGUAUUAGAGUAGUGGGAAACUUGUAUUGGUAUUUACUACCUUCAGCCUGUUGGUGUGUUUAAUGUAACACUGGCGUAACUGUUAUCAAUUAAAGAUCCAAAACUGA